GCGGCCAAGGCGCCGGUGAAGAAGAACCCGAAGGUGGCCAACGUGAGCGUCCAGCUAGAGAUGAAGGCGUUGUGGGACGAGUUCAACCAGCUGGGCACCGAGAUGAUCGUCACCAAGGCAGGCAGGCGCAUGUUCCCCACCUUCCAGGUGAAGAUAUUCGGGAUGGACCCUAUGGCUGACUACAUGCUCCUCAUGGAUUUCGUCCCGGUGGAUGACAAGCGAUACCGGUACGCCUUCCACAGUUCCUCCUGGCUGGUGGCCGGCAAAGCCGACCCCGCCACCCCCGGGAGAGUCCAUUACCACCCGGACUCCCCGGCCAAAGGAGCGCAGUGGAUGAAGCAGAUCGUUUCCUUCGAUAAGCUCAAACUGACCAACAAUUUGCUGGAUGACAACGGCCAUAUCAUUUUGAACUCCAUGCACAGAUACCAGCCGCGUUUUCACGUGGUCUACGUGGACCCCCGGAAAGACAGCGAGAAGUACGCGGAGGAGAACUUCAAAACUUUCGUCUUCGAGGAGACGCGCUUCACAGCAGUGACCGCCUACCAGAACCACCGGAUCACACAGUUGAAGAUUGCAAGUAAUCCUUUUGCCAAGGGAUUCAGAGACUGCGACCCUGAGGACUGGCCCAGGAACCACAGGCCAGGGGCUCUUCCUCUCAUGAGCGCUUUUGCCAGAUCCCGGAAUCCAGUCUCUUCCCCAGCUCACCAGAACGGGACAGAGAAAGAUGCUGCCGAGAACCGGCGGGAGUUCGAGCGGGAGGCGGGCGGGACGGCGCUGCACCAGGCCGAGGCCGCGCACCAGCAGCUC